UGAAGCGUCAUAAGUAAGACGGCAGAGCGAAGGUGUCUGAAAUGGGGACGUUAGUAAGAGGCGCGCUGUCGGCUCUGUAUGUCGGGUCGGCACGGAAGUGCAGGACGCUGCUGUUUGAUAGACGCAGGUUAUUUUCAGCGGAUGUGAUCGGACCCUCUCCGCACUCGGAACACGCUGGCACAGCAGCUGUGGGUCACGGUGAUGAUGAGCUCUACUGCCGACUCUACCGGACCCACAUCCCAACCAGCCCGGUGCAGAAGGCUCUGCUGGCGGCCGGGUCUGGUGUGGCUGCGCUGCUGGACCCUUACCGACACGACAUGGUCGCUGUGCUGGGUGAGACGACGGGGGAGCUGGCUCUGAGACGACUGCGUGAUCGGAUGAGGGGCGACCCCGAGGGGUACCAGAUCCUGCAGGAGAGGCCCCGCAUCCGAGUGUCCACCCUGGAUCUGGAGCGGCUCGGAGCGAUGCCCGAUGGCAGCUUCGGGAGAGAGUACCUGCGCUUCCUGGAUGAGAACGGUGUGACCCCGGACUCUCGCGCAGAUGUGAAGUUCGUUGAUGACGAGGAGCUGGCCUUCGUUAUCCAGCGGUACCGCGAGGUUCACGACCUCAUGCACACGCUGCUCGGCAUGCCCACCAACAUGCUGGGGGAGGUGGUGGUGAAGUGGUUUGAGGCGGUUCAGACUGGCUUGCCCAUGUGCAUUCUGGGAGCAGUGUUGGGACCCCUUCGCCUCUCAGCCAGGAGGCUGCAGUUGCUCACGGCAACGCUGAUUCCCUGGGCGCUGCGUAACGGGAUGAACGCGCACUGCCUGCUCAACGUGUACUACGAGCAGCGCUGGGAGCAGAGCCUGGAGUCACUGAGAGAGGAGCUGGGCAUAGAGCCCCCGCCCCAGCUAUAGCAUACUCACACACACACCCCCAUAGAGCCCCAGCUAUAGCAUCCUCACACACACACACACACCCUGCUGUCACACAUUCGACCCUGAAACUAAACAGAUAUGAAAGAUGAUGACACAGCAAUUGUACAAAACGAGUCUCUGAUGUAAAUGUGUCUAUGUGUUUGUUUAAUGUAAUGUCAGGUACAUGUUAAGAAACAGUAAUAAAAUAUAUUACUUUUUAAUUUUU